UGGAAUUGUGCUCAUGAAAUAAGGUGAUAAACGAGAAAGAACGAGACGUCGAACGAGAAGAGCAGAAGAACAGAAAGUUGGUGUCGUAAUUUCUUUGAUGGCCAUGGCGACUGUGAAGUUCUCUGCUGAUCUGACCCCGUCUGACCCCCAGCAUUAUCCAGUGGUCAUCAUUGGUCAGCUGACCAACCUGGUACAGGUCAAGUAUGACACUAUCAAAUGCAAAUUGGAGCCGAGAGUCGAUAGAGAGACCUACAAUGCAGCUCUGAACAGCCUGCACCCCUCCCCCACCGACUCCUGCGCCCUGUGGCUAUCCAGUGCCACACUGGCAGCACUACCCACCAACUGCAGCCGCCACAACAGCCCAUCACGGGCACACUCACUGACCAAGAUUGUCAAAGGAUGUACCAGUGGAGGGGAUGAGUACUUUGUGAUUGUUUGUGAACACAGCGAUGUUUUUGCAUCCGGCUGUGCCAUUGCCCGUGCAUUCCCCCUCUACCUUCAAAAAUCUGGAACAGGCACCAAACGUGUGGUCACUGUGGAAUUUAUCCUGGUUGGUCAAGGGAGUGACCAGCCCCUUUGUGACAGUGAACUGGAAUGUUUGACCAAUGCAGCCUAUGGGGUGAGGCUUGCUGCCAAAGUAGUGGAUAUGCCCUGUGCUGAAAUGAACACAACGGCUUUCUUAACAGAAAUCAACAGAGUUGGUUCCAAGCUUAAGAUUAUCCCCACUGUAAUAGAGGGUGAGGACUUGCAGACCCAAGGAUUUGGAGGUAUUUAUAAUGUAGGAAAAGCAGCUAGUCAUCCCCCUGUUCUGGCUGUUCUUAGCCACACACCCCCUGGGGCCACCAAGUCUAUAGCCUGGGUUGGUAAGGGGAUAGUCUAUGAUACUGGAGGACUCUGUAUUAAAGGAAAGGUGAACAUGUGUGGUAUGAAGAGAGACUGCGGUGGUGCUGCUGCAAUACUUGGGGCUUUUUAUGCUGCUGUAAAACAGGGGUUUACUGACAAUCUGCAUGCUGUGUUCUGUCUGGCAGAGAAUGCUGUAGGACCAGACGCUCUCAGGCCAGAUGAUAUUAUAACCAUGUACUCAGGAAGAACAGUAGAAAUCAACAACACAGAUGCUGAGGGGAGGCUGGUAUUGGGGGAUGGGGUGAUGUAUGCCAAAAAAGAUCUAAAAGCUGAUAUCAUUCUGGACAUGGCCACACUUACUGGUGCACAAGGCAUAGCAACAGGUCGGUAUCAUGGAGCAUUUAUAACAAACCGUGCAGACUGGGAGGUGAUGUGUGUGCAGGCUGGCCAGAGCUCAGGGGACCUGCUCCACCCAAUGCCUUACUGCCCUGAGCUGCACUUCAGUGAGUUUGCCAGUGCUCUGGCUGACAUGAAGAAUUCAGUGGCUGACCGCAGUAAUGCGCAGGUGUCUUGUGCUGGUCUCUUUAUUGGCUCUCACAUUGGGUUUGACUACCCGGGUGUGUGGGUGCAUGUUGAUAUGGCCUUCCCUGUGCAUGUGGGUGAGCGUGCCACAGGGUACGGAGUGGCGCUGUUACUGGUGCUGUUUGGUCAGAUGUCCAGCACCCCCAUGUUACAGGUACUGUCACCAUCUAUAGGAAUGUGUGAUGUCAACCACCAGCAGAAUGAGAGUGCUAGUAAAAGGAUUAAACUCAAUGCUGACAUUUGAUACAAGAGCAACAGAACACGUUUAUAGGAAAUUUUAUAUUACUGUCCUACUUGACAUGAUUAUUAUCAGGUUUUCCUGGUCACAGCAUGUUAUGUCAUCCUCCAUCUCUAACUUUCCAAAAUGCCAGUGUGUCUAUUAUAACUAGUUGAGAUUGAAUGUAUUUGUAUAUAUAGGUUAAAAGUAGUGGAAUGACGAACAAAAGUAAAUAGUCAUUCAUUAGAUUAAUAGAUAGGUGAUGUUAUAAACAGAAACUUAUCUAAACCAGAUUAAUAGCAUUUCAGGAGUGAUUUGGUUCAACAGUAAUGACCCAGAUCUUUUCAUUGGGAAAAAUUUUUUGAUCUUUCAGAUAAAUAAUUGUGGUGCAGUUACUGUAGAAAAUGGAACUGCUUUUCAGUUUGGUUGCUACCACUUGGUAGGAAUAUUCUUAUUUUAAGAAUUUAUGUCUAAAAAAAAUACAGUAUCUGUAAAGUUCACAAUUUCCCCCAUUGCAAAGAUGGGCACAUUAACUGUGCUAUCAAUCUAUAAAAUAAAAAAGAUAUUUGAUGUGUACUCUUUUCUUAUCUUUAAAACAAGCUCUGGUAUAUAGGUUACAACUUUACUGCCAUAUUCAUUCUCCAAAUGUUUUCAAGCAAUUUACUUAUUUAAUUUGCUUUUUGUAUUACUUGAAAAUUUUACAGACCAUAGGAUGGUUAGAAGGGACUGUAAUACCAGCUCUUCUGUACCUAACAACUGAUAGUGUUUUCAACAGAACUGCAGCUAUAAUGAUUUUAUGGUGAAAUGGUUACUGCAUUGUUAUAUUUUGUCUAGAUGUGCUUGCAGUGAAUGAAUUUUGAAAUUGUGAACAAUAUUUGCAGAUUCAUCAUAGCUUUGGCUGGUUCUCAGCUGUUACAGUAAAUCAAACUGAGUUAGCCCUGUUAAUGUUUCUUUUUAAAACUUGAGCUGAAGAUUUCUGCUGAUCUCGGUAUAAGUACACAAACAACUGAAGUAGUCUGCUCCCUGAUGAUGGUCUGAAUGGCUGGCAUUUAGGAGGCAAGCCAGAAAACACUUUUGUUGUUGCAGAGACCAUGUUGUAAGCAGGCUGCAGUUGGACAACAGUCUUCUCAGGUUAAAAUUGACCAAUGUUAGUUCAUCCUGGUUUUUCAGGGCCUUGGUGUGGAAGUUAUUGCAUAUACCACAAUUGAAGAGUAUAUAUGCAAAACACAGAGGGUUAAGAAAAUGACUUAACUGUUAACUUUUACUGCAUUGAUGCCUUCACCAAGACUGUCAUAUAGACACAUGAAUAUUGUAGUUGUUGAUAGCACUUCAGGUGAGAGAGAUCUGUUUGAAAUGGAAAACAAAAUUCACCACGAGUGUCAAGAAGUUCAAAUUAGCAAAUUCACCCCAGUAUAUUUUUAAUCUGACAGCAUUAUUUAAAAGCAUGACAAUGAUUUUUCUGCAUUAUAUAAGGAAAUAGAUCUAUACUUAUUGAACAGUGCAUUUGGUCAUAUUGACCUUGGUACAUGUAUUCAAUGUGAUUUAAGAUUUGUACGCUAUUUAAGGCAAUGUUAUUUACUACUUUUCAACAUGAAAUGCACAUCGAAUAUUUACCAGACUUUACAUCUCCACAACUAAAACAGAUACACCCAUAACUACCAUUUAACUUGCCUAAGGUUCGUCUCCCUGGUGGUAGUUUCGUCCCUGAGAUCCUCUAGUUCAAAAUGUUUCUGUAAUUUCAAAUACUUAUUUUGUCAUGUUUUAAGAAGAGCAUAUGUAACAAGUACAUGAACUUGUUGGUCUCUAGAAAUAUUCACACUACAAUAUCCUGUGGAAAGCUACUAGUAGAAUCAGGACCAGAUAGUUGUAUUAUUAGUUAACAGUUAUUUUAAUCAUUUUAUUUAUUACUUCUUUCUUUGACCAAUUAUAAUAAAAUUACAAUAAAAGAGAAUUUUAACUAUUUAUGACCAUUGAAUUGAAUCUUUUGCAAAAAAAAAAUUCUUUUAAUAGGUCAACUGCACCAAGAAGUUUUUGACAGAAUCUGGCGAUUGCAGGGACAACAAUAUCCUUUUUCAUGCAAAAUGCCGCAAAGUGUGAUACCAGCUAAGGCAGAUGUUGACCUGCAUUACGUCUCUGCCAAACCGUCUACUAUAAUUCAUAUUUUAAAUCGGACAGCGAAGAUGACAUAUGUAUGUACAGACAGUUUACAGAACUAAACAAUAAAGCUGGCAAAUAGAUGUCCAAGGUAAGAUUGAAGUCCAGGGAGAUUUUAAAUCCAUCUAGGUCAGAUUACAUUUCACUGUUGCCAAGGCCGAUUUAAAGAUGCAUUUGAAAUUAGUUUUUUUGCUUCAAAACUCCACCAAAUGCCAUCAUAUAAUUUAAAAAGAGUAUAAUUUAGAGAAAUAAUAAAGGGUAUCAAUUCAUAUUUCCCAAAAAUGAUAUUUAAACAGAUAUUUUCUGCCAACUUUCUGUGCUAUAAAUAUAUACCCCUCGGCAGUGUUCUUUGAAUAAGUGCUCUGGGUUUCUCAGCCAGAGAAAUAAAUGUAGAAAACAAUCAGA